ACAAAAUUGAAGAAGGCCCCACUGCACCAGGAAGUCGGUGUCACUCGGCUAAAUGUAAAAAGUCUCUAAAAUGUGAUGUUUGUGGAAAAGCCUUUGAGUUUAAUUAUCAAAUGAAAAUCCAUUACAGAAUCCACACAGAUUUUUUAAAUCACUUUAUCGUCGUCUGUUCAUGUCUGAUGGAGUAGGUUACACUCGCACUUUGGAAGAAGUGAGCAGGCUCAGAGUCUGAAGCAGAAAGCCCGACUUAAAUAAAAAGUUCACGUCAACUGACGUAAAACUGUUUUCUCUGACUGAUUUUAGUUUUUGUUGAGUCAGUUUACACAAAGGAAGCCUGGCUGUGUUGAUCUUCAUUCAUCAUCUACCCCUGAGGUCAGAAGUCGGAGUCUUUCUAGAGAAAACAGUGUCUGGGAAGGCGAGGCUGAAAAAACAUGUACAACUUUAUAAAGGUUCAGAGUCAAACCACCUUUGGAGAUCAGUUUCUUAUGUUUUUGUAUGUUUUGAUGUCGAUUUGAAACUCAUCAGUUAAACUACCAUCCACGUGUUUGGACUGUGAGAGGAAGCUGGAGUACCCAGAGAGAAGCCACAAGGACCUUCUGUCUGCGAGGGGACAGUGCCAACCACUGCACCACCUCUGUUUCUAUUUUUAAUGAAUAGAAGGACUGGAGUAUAAAUUGGUUUAAAAGGUUUAUGAUGCAGGAGUCAGACCCACAUUAGACUCCUGUAACUCUUUCCCCUAACCCUGUUCUUAAACUCACCUAUAAUGUGAGAUAGAAGCAAAAAGAGGUGCAGCAACAUGUCUUUGGCGUUAUUAGCUGUGAGUGGUUUGAUGUUCACAGCUGGAGUCAGACAGGUUUCUACAGUCAGGAGGAGGAGCUGCUUUUGUUGUGAUGUGAUGUGUCCUGUUGAAUCCUGAUGACAGCUUGUGUGUCUGCAGGAGAUCCUGCACAGUUUGUGCUUCGUGCUGUUCUUUAAAGUUUUCCUGCUUCAACUUUGUUCACACAGAGAAUCUGAUUCUUCUCUCUGUGGUGUCUGAGCCAAAGAACAUCCACUAAACACUCACGUCUGGGCUCCACUUUGAAAAUAAAAUAUUACAUUUAUGUAAAUCUGUAACCAGUAAACAUUUACAGCUUGUGUAAUAAUAAGUGUAACUCUGAGAAAACUCUUGGAGUCAGAUUUGAAAGACCUGAAAACUAACGCAGUGACACAGAUGAAGGAGGUUUUACUCCUUUUAUUUAAUACAGCAGCUAAAAAAAAGCUGCUGCAGUUUCUGCUCUUUUGUCUUUGAUAUUUUUAUAUCAGUAUGAUGGAUUUAUUUAGUUGUGUAUCAAAAAUUAAAUGAAAGUCAACACUGAAAGCUAAACAGUCAAAAUAAUUUCCUUUGUUUUUAUUCCACAGCCUGCAUGGAGUUUAAUUCAUUAUGGAUCUGUUUUCUCUUCUCACUGCAGCCUUGCUGCUCACAAUCAUUUAUUCAUUUGUAACAACUAUGUCUAUGGCUAUUGAUGGAAUUUUGGAAUGUUUGACUAUUGAGAUCAUGAAUGAAAAAAAGAGAAAUGCUAUAAUAAGUUGCAUAUAUCGGACACCCAGUUCAAGUAUCGACACUUUUAGUGAAUGGAUAGAAAAAAUGUUUGCUUCGGUGAACCAAAAAUUACUUUUCAUCUGUGGUGAUUUUAAUAUUGAUUUGCUAAACCCAACAAGGUUAAAAGCCAUUGAUGACUUUACUGACACGAUGUACAGCUUAUCACUAUAUCCAACAAUAACAAAGCCAAGCAGAAUAACAUCACAUAGCGCCACUAUUAUUGACAACAUUUUUACUAAUGUCAUGGAUUUCCAAAUUAAUAGUGGCCUGCUUGUCUGUGAUAUAACUGACCACUUACCAGUUUUUACUUUGUGUGACUGUGAUUUAAAAAAAAUAGAUACCAAGAUUACGAUAGCAAAGCGAACAAUAAAUGAAGAAGCAAUUCAUGCCUUCAAUUUCGAUUUAGCACAACAAGAUUGGAGUUUGGUGUAUGAAGAGUCAGAUGUGGACAAGGCUUAUGACAAUUUCCUAGAUAUUUUCACUAUGUUGUACAAUAAACAUUGUCCUGUAAACGAACACAAGACAAAGAAAAAAAAGAUAAAAAGUCCUUGGCUCACAAAAGGAAUCAUCAAUGCAUGCAAAAAGAAAAACAAUCUGUAUAAACAGUUCAUCAAAGUAAAAACAAAAGAAGUGGAACAAAGAUAUAAAGCAUAUAGAAAUAAAUUGACUGAUAUUAUAAGAAUGAGUAAACAACUUUAUUAUAGAAGAAGAUUAUAUGAAAAUAAAAACAAUAUAAAAGGAACUUGGGAUGUGUUAAAUAAUUUAAUUAAACAAGGAUCUUCUGGAACAUCAUAUCCUGAAUAUUUCAUUGAUGCAAAUGGUGAAAAUCACAACAUGAGUAACAUUGUUGAUGGGUUCAAUAAUUUUUUUAUAAAUGUUGGCCCUGAACUAGCAGCGGACAUCCCGUGUCAAAAAAAUGAAAAUAUCAGUAAUAUAAAAUCAAAUCCCUUUUCACUGUUCCUCUCAGCUACAAAUGAGCAAGAAGUAAUAAAUAUCAAAAGUAAGUCUUCAAUGGAUUAUCAUGACAUAAAUAUGUCUGUAGUUAAACAGGUUAUUCUGAACAUUGCUAGUCCCUUAACAUAUGUCUGUAAUUUAUCAUUUCAGUCCGGUUGUUUUCCAAAAAAAAUGAAAAUUGCAAAAGUAAUACCACUAUACAAAAGUAAUGACAAACACAGUUUUACCAAUUAUAGGCCUAUUUCUCUACUGCCUCAAUUCUCAAAAAUUUUAGAAAAACUUUUUAAUUCAAGAUUAGAAAAAUUCCUUGAAAAACAUCAAAUAAUAAAUGUUGGUCAGUAUGGUUUCAGAACGCAAAGAACCACUUCAAUGGCGAUAAUUGAGGCAGUAGAAGAAAUUACUAAUGCACUGGAUAAAAAUAAAUAUGCAGUUGGUAUUUUUGUUGAUCUCAAAAAGGCCUUCGACACAAUCAAUCACUCAAUUUUAUUGGAUAAAUUGGAAAGAUAUGGUAUUCGAGGGAAAGCUGGUAACUGGUUAAAAAGUUACCUAACGGGUCGGGAACAAUAUGUUAGCAUAGGGCAUUACCAUUCAGAGAAACUUGGUAUUACAUGUGGUGUUCCCCAAGGGUCAGUGUUGGGACCAAAACUUUUCAAUGUAUACAUAAAUGAUAUUUUUGAUGUUUCUCAAGUACUUAAACUCAUACUGUUCGCAGAUGACACCAACAUAUUUUUCAGUAGCGAUGAUUAUACUGAUCUUGUAAUGAUCGUAAACAGGGAGCUAAAAUUAAUAAAAAAAAUUGAUGAAUAUAAAUAAAUUAUCAUUAAAUAUAAAUAAAACUAAAGCAAUGUUUUUUGGUAAUUUAAAAUAUAAUAUAGAAUUACCAAUUAUCAUUGAAGGUGUACCAAUUGAUAAUGUGAGUGAAAACAAAUUUUUGGGAGUCGUAAUUGAUAAUAAAAUUUCAUGGAAACCCCACGUCAGACACAUAAAAACCAAAAUUUCCAGAAGCCUCGCAGUUUUGAACAAAGUGAAACCAUACCUUGAUAAAGAUGCACUUCGUACUCUGUACUGUGCCCUGGUUCUUCCAUAUUUUCCAUAUUGUGUGGAAGUGUGGGGAAACACAUAUAAAAAUACAACCAAUCCAUUAGUCACAGUACAGAAACGAGCACUGCGUAUUAUUCACAAGGCUGGUUAUCUAGAUCAUACUCACAAACUCUUUCUU